CGCAUGCGUAUUGGAUACUUUACGUCUGGGCGAGGUCUGUGUGUAUCUUUCUACCGAGCAGCGAUCUCACCGAGUUUUCUCCAUAAAGUUGCUCCAAAAUGAGUGAGGACGCUCCUUUCUUCGAGCCCAUAGAAGGCCAAGAUGACAGGAAGCCAAGUUUUGAAUUAUAUAUAAAGGCUUCAACGAUAGACUACGCAUCCAAAGGGUCGUGUCCGAUUUGUCAGCAAUGGUUCAUGCUGGCCUACCUACUGGCCGAGAAACAGUCUGUCAGCUUCCGUGUGUACACAGUGCUAUCCAGUUCGCCACCGAAAACAUUCAGUGAAAAGUUGCAAGGGAAGAACCCAUCACAGUACCCUGUAGUCAUUGGACUCGGUGGUGAAGACAGCAAUGGCCAAACUCUAAUAAACCGUAUCGCUGACGAAAUCGACGAGGUGGAACAGUUCUUUGAAGAAGUGAAUCCAUACUUUCGGGAUUUUAAAAGGAAUACCCCAGAUAAUUUGAAUGCACUGCAUCAUUUUCAAGACUUGUCAAAAAAAUUCAACGCAUAUCUACAAGGCAAUGACACAGAUGGAGUAAAAUUAACAAAUUACCUUAAAGUCUUAGAUCAACACCUUUGCAAAUUAGAAACCAAGUUCCUAUGUGGAAAUUCUUUAUCGUAUGCCGACUGUUGCCUUUUGCCAAAACUGCAACAUGUCCGGGUAGCUGGUGAUGCAUUCAAUAACUACAUGAUUCCAAGUGAAUUUUCUGGAAUAUGGAAAUACUUACAAAAUGCCUACUCUGUACCGGCCUUUGUACAGACGCUACCAGCAGACAGGGAUAUCAUUUCACAUUACAUCCAGAAGGCUGUCAAAAAGUUGGUGGGGGCCAAGUCCCCACACCUGUUAAAGCUAGAGCCCCCCACGAUAAGUGUGCCUAUGGAAUACCUCCAGGAGGAGGUAGUUAACACUGAGGAGGAGGAAGUGAUCAACAACGGGGAGGAGGAGGAGGAGGAAGCAAAGCCAAACGGAGAGAAUGGAGAUGACCAGGACCAAAUGCCAGAACCGGACGAGAUCAACACGGAGGUAUACCAGCAACAACAGGAGUUGGAGAAUGAUGAGGGACAGGAAAAUUUCACAAAUGGAGAUAAUCCAGACGAGAAUAGUGGUACAAAUGAGUGAAUACCAGUUCUAUUCUUAGUCUUAAAGAUUAAGAGUAGAUUGGAGAAAUCAUGUCUAAGUCACUGAUAUUUGUGCACUUAUGAUCUUUGCACCCGAAAGUCUUUGGUACCAUUCAAGUACCGGUAUUGAUUUAAGUAACCAUUCAGCAAGAGCUUGAGUGUACAGGAGGGGGUUAAAAAUAUGGACCUUUGUUUAGUCUCAAUGCCUCUUCCAUUUAGUGCUUGGAAGGCCCAAAACACUCAUCAAAUUUCCAUUGGAAUGCAUGGCUCUUGCUAAAUGCCUUGGGCAGGCAGUUUAUAUAACAAACAGACACCUUUUAAUUAUACAUAAAGGAUGAUUUCAGUAAUCUUCCAAGAAACUGAGAAUACAGUUGUAUACUUUAACUUCAAAAUGAUGACUGUAUAUUGUUUAUAUAUAUUCAUAUAUAUCGAUUCAUAUUUCAUAGUCUAGACCCGAGAACAUAAUGUUAUAUUUUGUUGAGACUUCACCUGUAGGAAAGAGGGCUUUCCAUAUGGUGUAUUGGUUCGUUAUUGUUUAUUUCUGGUACUGUCUGUAAGGUAACAUAUAUUGUGCAUACCCUUGUGUAUUGACUAGAACUUAUAACUUGAAGUCAAAAUAUUAUUCAGAUUUCAGAGAAAGCAUUUUACAUAAGUGUCCAAUCAUGUAUAUGUUUGUGCAGAAAAUUAUUUUACACUGUUUAAAUAUAUAUAUGUUAUUCAUGUUUAUUGCCUGUAAGAUUAUUAUAACCUAAUUUUCGGAUGGGGUUGUAAUGUUGUAUUAAUGAUGAUUAAUAGGAAAAAGUAUUGUUCUAUUACCAGUGAAUGAAAACUAGACCAUGUUUCCUGCACAAGAUGUUAAACAUAAAGUCCUGUGCAACUUUUUUCUUUAUAUGGAAGUUUAUUUUAAUCUUGGUGAAGUUAUUUGAAUUUGUAACACACUAAUGUUGAAGUGUUGGCAACUGAAAUGGUACUGUAUGUUAAGCCAGUAGUUCUAAAUUCAUCCAACUUGUCAAAGUCUGUCUUUCAAAAGCAAGCACCGUCCACUUCUUGUGCCUAAAUUUUAAAUAUAUUUACUGUGCCUUCAUCUUAUUGACUGUUUUACAAGACUAUUCCUAAUAGAAAUUGAAGAGGCUAUUAAUUUAUUGGUCAUAUUGUACAUCUUCGCAACAUCACGGCUGCCAAGUCAACAUGAUCAAUAUAGAAAUAAGAUUCGGAGGCUGACGGCAAAGAGAGCAAAAUAGGGCUCCAUUAUGUAAAUACUUCUUAAUUUGAUUCUAUCAAAGAUAUUUAACUCUAUGUAUAAAUACAUAAUUACCUUUGAAUAUAAAUAGUGGUCUGAAAGAUUGUGAUGGACUCGACUGCGAUGUUUUGAAGAUUGACAUAGCAAAUAUUACACAAAGAAUACUAAAUACAUAUUUAGGUUUGUGAUAAAGUCGCACAAUGUGUUACUGGAUUACUUAAAACACUGAAUUUGGAAAGCAUUGAUCACCUUUAGAUAAGAGUUAUAUAGUAAAUGAUGGUAUACAUAUCUAUAUACAUGUACAAUUCAUGGUCUUGAUGAAAUCAAACUGGAUGACAGAAUUCUUUUCUUCUUAUGUAAAAUAUCUUUAAAGGUUGUAGUGCUGUAAUUAGGAGAUAAUGAGUGGUUUUAAGUUUUACCAGUUCCAUUGAUACGCAUAAGGAAACAUUCAAUAUACGACUAAGAAAUUGUUUUGACUGCCUUAUAGACCAAGCUCUUUACUGUAUGUGCAACCCUUGAACAUAUAGUGAUAACAAUUGUCUAUGUUAACAAACUAUUUAACAGUGAUAACUAUAUUAAAAUGUAUUAUUAUUCCCAUACCUAACGAGGAUACACUUCAGUCUGUCUGAUAGACAAGAUAUUUUUACUCUACAUGUAGAUAGAUGUAGAAAUAAUGAAGGGUUGAUGUUGAUAUAUAUAUUUUGAAAAUUUCAAAUAUUUGUUUGUCAUUAUCAGAUUGUUUCAGGAAGGUGUUCAUUUCUUACCCUUACCAAAUGUAGGUAGUGACAACUUGGAGGAAAUUAUUGGACAUUUCAAUUGGUUGAUGGAAAACCAUGUUGUAUACAUAUUCAUCAUUGAUACAUAGUUAAUCAUCACCUACAUUGUAAGAAGGAUUCCGUUUAUAAUCUACAUUAAAUGAGCUUUGCCUUGCGUUGCAGAGGCUGUGCUGAGAAAUGAGUUAUAGUCGUGCAUUUUGUGUUUGUGUUACAAAAAUGCUUAACACACCCCCCACUGAUAUGUUGGUCUGUUGUUGGAGUUUACGUCUGUUUUAUCUACUUGUUUAUACAUUUAGUAUUGAUUUAAUCACAGGACCAGGUGCAGUCCCCUUAAAAACAAUUCGUUCUUGAUUGCUCCAUUAUGUUAUAUACAUGGAAACUGAUUGGGUUGAUUCAGGGAAACAGGAAUUGUGUAUUAUAUGUGUUCCUUUGAUGGUCACUUUCGUUCUUAUAAUCACAAAUUUCACAAAUGAUUUCAUUACAAGUUCAUUUUUCAAUUAAACAUAUUAAAGUAUUUUUUUUCAUUAAAAUUAUGAAUUCACAACUUAAAUUGUCACAUUAAUUUGAUGAAGAAAGUUUACAGAUGGAAAUUUGUCUAAUCAUAUUUUGUUUUUGUUUGUUUUGUUUGUUUACCAGCUUGUGUGCAUGUUAUGAAAGGCAAAGAUAAUUUGAAAAACUUUUGUAUAGAACAAAUUGGAGAAAUUUUGGUGCAAAUUAAUUUGUAUAUUUGUCAUUGACUUUUGCCCUUGUUGGUUGGUUAAAUUCUGGCGUUGGCUUCCAGGAAAUACAGUGGUAUUGAAACAGCUUUAAUAUCUUGUACACAACUGAUUGUUCAUUUAUUGGAGUGUGAAUGAUUCAUACUUCGAUAUAGAUGUGUCAAAUAAAACCUAAAAUGGCUUGAAUCGAGGCAAAGCAUCAGCAUUUACAUAAAGACCAUAACAGAUUCAAGUGUCCAUAUGCCAAUCUUUUGGUACAUUUGUUAUAUUACCUCUGUAAAAUCAUUGUCACAUGUAAUCUUUAUAUAUGAUAGAUUUAUGAAAUAAAGGUAGUGUACAGAAUUCUAGUAUGUUCGCUUCUGUUUGGACCAACUACCUAUUACAGCUCUCUAAUGUUUGGACCAACUACCUAUUACAGUUCUCUAAUGUUUGGACCAUUUGUUAUAUUACCUAUGUAAAAUCAUUGUCACAUGUAAUCUUUAUAUAUGAUAGAUUUAUGAAAUAAAGGUAGUGUACAGAA